AUGGCGGCAGCGAAGAAAAUCAUUACUGUUAUUGGCGCAACUGGCGCUCAGGGGGGCUCUGUUAUUGACCACUUACUUAGAAGCGAGUCUCAAGAGUACAAUAUCCGCGCAGUUACUCGAUCUCCCGAUAGCGCAGCGGCAAAAGCCCUGGCCGCACGCGGCAUUGAGAUCGUUCAGGCGGAGUUGACCGACAAGGAUUUAUCCGCGGAGAAGGAUGCUAGCCUAGCGGCUGAUAAGGCUGCAGCCAUCGAAACUGAUAUGGGCAUUAACAUGGCGAACACGGCAUUGGCCACCGAGACGCUGUACCACUACUUCUGCGGUGGCAAGAGUCAGCCUCCGCAUUACGAUUACAAAGCCAGGGCUACUCGUUAUAUCAAAUCCAAGCCAGAGCUUCUUGCAAAGACGACAUUUGUUUGGUGUGCCUUUUACGCAAGCAACUUUGCCUGGGAUUUCCUCAAGCCCGUUUAUUUCCCUGCUAUUGGCCAGUACGUCCAGAUGCAAGCCACCCCAUCUGAUCAGCCCAUUGCAUGCAUUGGAAACACUCGCUCUAAUUUCGGCGCCUUUGUGGGAGCGGCAUUGACCCAGCCGGAAACGACUCGUGUUGGUCAGACCGUAUUUGCCUUUGUGGAGAGGUCAACUCUAGGGGGGCUGCUAAAGAUUUGGACGGAGGUACAUGGUGUCAAGGCUACAUACGUCCAGAUACCCCGGGAUACCUUUUUCGCUACAUGGUCGGCGAAAGCCCAGGAAUUUACGCUCGGCAUGGAGUUUUGGGAACUAGUCAAGGACCAAGAGUGGACUGGCGAAGAUAGGUUCUUGACUUAUGCCGACCUUGGGUUGGAUAUUACGACAUUGAAGAGUGUUAAAGACUCCUUUGCAGAGCUCGAGCUCUAA